AUGAAACGCUCGCCUUCUUUGACUGACAUUGAACAUUUCCUUACCAAUCACCUCCCCAACCACGACAUCAGCACGUUCAACGCAGUUGUUGCGGCUCUUAAGAAAGAGAAUGCCCUGGUUUCCGCUCGCCAGGAAGUCCAGAAGUCAUCAAAUCCUGGUUAUGAAUUUAUAUCACUCAGGUCAUUGUUGAAAACCCAUUCUCCCAGUCCGACCCAAGUCAUUGAUUGUUUGCGAGCAAUCUGCGAGGUCGUCAACAAUGCUUUGGAAAGUCUUGGAAUUCAAGUGGCUGGCGACGACAGGCUUUCGAUUUGUGCCAACAACGGGAUAGACCUCUCUGCAAACGCUUGCUUCACAAAGAAGUCGGAAGGGCCCUUGAGUGCUUUCGAUGUCGUCGUUCCUAUUUCCAUAGUUCCCCUAGCAGAGAAUAAAAAGGUUGGAAGGCACGUCAUGGAACGCAUAGCGACUACCAUGAACGACGACGCUCGCAGAGCUUUCGCAUAUGGGAUCACCAUUAGCCACGACCAAAUGACUCUCCAUCAGGCCACUCGAACUCGUGUUAUCCAUUCACAUCCCUUUAGCUUGACUGAGUCUGCCGACGUCCUCCUCCGAUUAUUUAUCUCACUUCUCACUGCCACUGAUGAGCAGCUGGGAAUGGACCCCUUCGUGACCUUGCUCCCAGUGGGGAGUUUUCUCUAUCAGCUACCCCCGGAAGGCGAAUGGACGACCCCUCGUUUCUACGAGACCCUCGACCUCAUCUCCUACUACCCGUCGACAACUCUCGGCGGUCGUCACGCCCGUAUCUGGAAGGUCAAGGAGGUCAUCUCUCCAAGCGACCUGCGCCGUGUGGCCGGAACGCCCGACAGAGUUCUUAAGGACGUGUGGGUUAACGCUGGGACGCGCACCGAGGCUGAUGUCCAGGACGCUUUGUUCCGGGACAUAUCGGCUAUUACAAAGGCAAGAGGCUGGCGGAAGAGGCCAAUCUUCCAGGAUUUCCUUGAGUCCGACGUUGACUCGCUCGCUGAAGCCCUGCAAGGCGACAACUUCAAACGCUAUUUCUCGUGUAUUGUUGCUAGGCACAUUCGUCAGCCUGCCCCAGACCUCGCGCCUUCCGAUAAACACCGGUGCUUCUUCGUGUACGAAUCCGUCUGUACUCCACUCCACGAGGUUUCGACCUUUGGGGAAGUCAUCGAUAUUCUCAAGCAGUGCGUCACAGCACUUCGGCUUAUGUUCUGCGCUGGGUGGGUCCACCGGGAUAUCAGCACCGGGAACAUACUUGCAUUUAAAACAUCGUCGUCGUGGCAAGUCAAGCUUUCCGACUUGGAGUACGCAACACGGUUUCCGGAUACAGACCGCGCGGGACGCGAAGAGAUUGUGGGGACUCCUUACUUCACACCCCAUUACAUAACAUCACCCAUAAGUAAUGGUGCCACGUCGCGGAUCAUUCCCAUCACCCAAUGGCUCAACGGCGAGAGCUCUGCCUAUGCCGGACGGCCAUCACCAAUGGCUCCUCCAAACGCGGAGGAUGUGGACCUCCUGGCCAUCGCUGACCCCAUGAUUGCCCUCGACUACCUCCACGAAAAGGCUAUCUAUUUCCAUCAACUCUGUUUCACCAAAUAUACCGCACCGACCGAGCCGCUGCCCCACCCGGACUGGCUGGACCUGGCCGAAAGGUUGCAACUAUACGCGGCCUCUGACCUUGUAAUGGCGGCUCUGAAAAACCAAAUCGUCAUCGAUGUAAAGUUGCAGACCCUUGCUACGCAAGAAAAAAGUACACAGGCGGUCGAUCCCCAGUUUCCACCCAAGCAGGACGGUGUUAGCAGGUUGAUUAGCGGACCAGUGCACAUCUGCGACAGCAAUGGCCAUGUCCUCUACUUUCACCUACCUAGGCUCCUUACAAAUGAGCAAUUAGAUGUCGUCGAAGAGGCAUGCCGCGACCUGGUCAAUGCACCGCACGCCAAGUUGGAGAUUUCCCCCGAGAAAAAGUCUUGGCGGACCGACCCGAAGUUUUUCAAAGACAGCAACUUUUGCGACUUUACCCCGGGUGUUCUCAGUCUCUCGCCGUGCUGGUUCAUGCAAAACCACUUGCCGCCGAAACAUCAGCCAAUGGUGUCCGCCUCAAUUCGGCGUCGGGACGGAAAGGACGGCGCAAUCCCAUUCCUAAGGGCUAUGCGCAGCGCAUUCAGUCUUAUUGGCGCAGUUCUAUACGUUCUUAGCCCGGCCCAAUAUGACCAGGGGGUGGAUGCCUGGAGGGAAAUGCUGGAUACGAAUUGCGAGGCGGCCGCUCCGAAGUAUGCCGAUUUGAUGUCGGGAGUUUUGAAGAUCUGGGCCUCUCCCUUUACAGUCACCCAAGUCAUCUCCAACCGUCAAACUCCCUUCCAUUUUGAUACGUCUGGGGAUCAGAAUUGGUAUGACUGCUUGUUGACCGUCGGGCCGUACAAGGAAGGGAGGUUUGAACUAAAAGGCGUCGGGUGUCGCUUCAGAUAUGAACGCGGGACGGUAUCCUUUCUUCUUAGCCGAUUAUUGGAGCACGGAACGGGUGAGGUCGAUGGAGAGCGAGUUUGCCUCGCCAGCUUUAUGCGACCUGAGGUAGUAAAGUACAUCCUGAAGGAGCGGUUUUACAGCUCCCGCCCUGAAACCUUCAUCAGCUUGCAGGAACGGCUUGGGGUCCCAGCUGAGCAUAGAGUUGCAUUUACUCACAUGUAA